AUGGCGAACAUCACUAAAUUUCCUGUCCAGUCAAAUAUCGAGCACGACGUGCAAGCCCAAGACGGGCACGAAUCUGGAGAACCGGAAACUUCCAAGCUCGCAUUUUGGAGCCGACAGGGGCAAGUGUCUCGAUCUCUGAUCUUUAACCUCGCAACUUUCUCCCUGCCGGCUCUAUACAGCACCCUCAGCAAGCUGUGGGUGGCACGUAUAGAUUCGAGCCUUGUGGUGUUAACGGAUAUCUACACCUACAUCGGCAUCAUUUCGGAAGUCUUGAAUGAAGCAUUUCCCCGGUCAGCUUGGAAUGUGAUCGGAGAUUCCAACACACGGUCAGUUGGCCCACGGUUACAUUUGGCUCACACCUUGAUAUUGGUCACGGCCAUUCAAGGGUUCGUUCUGACGAUUGUGUUUCUUGCCUACCCGCAAUGCCUGGCGUCAGCCUUUGUCCCAGAGGAGGCCAGAGACACGUCUAUUGUCUAUGUGCGAUUAUCGGUGGUUCAGUUUUUGACCUCGGCCACCGAGGCAGCUCUGUCUUCCUCGACUCGAGCUCUUGACAAUCCCGAUGUCCCGUUGGUCCUCAGUUCAGCCAAGUUUGUUCUCAAUAUGGUACUGGAUCUGUUGCUUGUCUCCAACUUCCAUGUUAUGAAGCAAAAGCCCACUUUGAUCACUCAAGGUGUAGUGAGACUAGCAUGUGAUGUGAUCUCCGUGCUCGCUGGUCUGUUCUACUUUUACUUUGUUGUGGUACGCAAAGCGCAAAAAGAAGCAGAGGGAUCUCAUAGAAUAACGCCGACAUUUGCGGCGUUCAGGACGCUCUUGAGACCCAGCGCCUACACUUUUGCAGAGUCUACAAUUCGAAAUGCAAUCUAUCUUUGGUUAGUCAAUCGCAUUAUACAAAUGGGAGAGGUCUAUGCUACUGCGUGGGGUGUCUUCAACACCAUCCGCUGGGGCUUGGUCAUGGUCCCCGUUCAAGCAUUGGAAUCGUCGACGCUGGCCUUUGUGGGCCAUGCUUGGGGAGCCUUUCGCGCAGCGUCGGAUACUAAUCACCCGACAGCUUCGCGGAAGGAAAUUCUGACGAUUGUCCGACCGGCACUGUUAUCGUGUGUCAUGGCUGCGGGAUUUGAAACAGUCAUAUGCAUUGCCCUUUCUGUUCAUGGCAUUCAAAAUUUCGCCCACUAUCUAUCUCAGUCGAACGACGUGGCGGCAGUCACUCAGGAAAUGUGGCGAGCAAUUGACUGGACCUAUAUUUUCUACGCAGUCAACUACCAGCUCGCAGCGAUCUUACUGGCAGCUUCGCCUCGUUGGUAUUUAUACCAGGCUCUCGGAUCAAACUUCCUAUGGAUGCUUCCAUGGGCUAUAGUCAUGACUUUAAGUGCGUUGCCCAGGUCCGAGGCGUGGUUAUACUACGCUAUCAUAUUUGGCGGAGCCAUGGUCUUUGAUUUUGUCGAUGUCGCUCUCACACUUUCUCUCUGGAUCUGGAGGUUGUCCAAGGGGCGUCUGAGAGUUUAG